AAAUAAUAAUUAUUAUUAUUAUUACAUAAAUGUAAACAUAAAAUAUGGCGUAAAAAAUUACAAUAAUGGAAUAUAUACCAUUGGUAUCAAUGUGAUAAUUGGGUGCUUAUUCUUCGGAGCAGCGAUAUCUUUAAGUAAGAUGGGUUAAAUCAGUCACUAUCAUCAUGGAAGCAGAAAAAGAAACUGAUAAACAUUCUUUGCCCGAAGAACGUAAUGAAUCGCCUGAAAAAGUAUCUUUAGAUAUACCAUUACCAUCAGAAGACACAACACAAGAUGCUCCAUCAUCUGCUACUCCUGCAAAGACAUCUGUUCUUGGAAUACAAAAUGCUAAAAAACGCCUGAAGGGGUUUUUUAUGGCAAAAAAGGCGCUUGAAGCUAAAAAUACAGAUAAUGAACAAGGAGCUCUUAAGAACAAUCCAAGUUUAACGAACAAAAAGAAUGUAGAGUGUACACCAGAGAAGAAAAAACUCAAAAAAGGUUUAACUCCUUGCGAGAAAGCGAAAGCCACUAUAACAGAAAUAGAAGAAAUUAAAAGAAAGGAGGCAUUACAGACUGUUAUACUUUCAAAUCCUUAUUUGAGGGAGUAUGGUUAUAAAAAACCCCCAAGAGAACGAAGAGAUUCAUACAGAAGUAGAAGUAGAUCCAGGUAUGAUCGAAAAAGGUCUUCUAGACGAAAGUCACCUGAUAAACACAGAGCAAGAUGUGAUGACUCUAGGAGUAAUUACAGAUCUCGCCCUCCAUCUAAAUCUAGUACUUCAACCAGAACAUCAGACAGAAGGCAGGAAAGAGACAAAUAUCGUCAUGAUAGAAAUAAUAAACGAGGAAAAUAUGAUACUAGAAAUGAUAAAAGAACUGAAAGAAAAAAUUCUAAGGUGCGUUUACCGAAAAAGGAAAUCAAAAAAGAAGUGAUUGAUAAAAAAAUAUCACCUAAGCCCACAAAGACGGUUGAGAAAGUUUCUGAAAAAUCUGAAAAAAGUUCUGUUGCAGAAAAUGGUGAUAUUGAUAAAUAUAAAAUUGAAAAAUGUAAAAUUGACCCAUUACUUUCUAAAGACGAAACGGAAGUGUCAGAUACUCAAACUUCUGCUGAAAUGAAGAAGAAAAGUGAAGAAACUGUCAAAAAACCUGAAGUAAUUGCCCUUGCUAAAAUUCCACUAAUUUGUGCAUAUAAUUCUGCAACAAGCGAUUCAGAAGAUUCAAAUUUAGACAUGAGUAGUACUAAAUCAGAGUCUGAGGUUCCAAUACAAAAAAAUAUUGAGAGUUGUAAGGAUGAAGAUUUUCAUUUACCACUGCCUUCUGAUGAUGCUGCUUCACCACCGAUAUCUCAAUCUUCAACUGUAUCUAGAAAAGAAGAAGUGAGUGAUGAUUUUGCAUUAUCUGCAUUAAUUUCUCAUUAUAAAAAUCCUGACAAAAGUGCAUAUGACAAAUUUCUUAGGCAUCCCUGCAUUGUAGAGAGGUGUACAGUGACAAAGCCAGUUCUUACAUAUGCUGAAAAUCCAUUUUAUCGAAAUUUAUCUAGAAACUGGUUUCCUCAUUACAAAGAUAGUUUAGUCACAUCUACUUCUAAUCCAGCUCCUUUAGACAUUAGUUGUGAUGUACAGGAACUUCCUAUCAAAGAUAUAGAAAAUACUGAGGAAAAUGUACAGCCUUUAGAACAGGAAUCGGAAAAUAAUACCAUAGAUAUGGGUGACUAUGAUAAUACUAAAAAUGAUAUCAGUAAUAGAGAACUAGCAAUAAAUUCAGAACCACCGACGUUUAUUCAGUCUAAUGAUUUAAAUACUGAAUAUGAAGAAUUUAUGCGAGCAGUUACUUGUGAUUCUGUGAACACAAAUCAACUUGAACCCUCUCAGAAUAAUCAAGUAAGGAGAGAUGAGGUAGAAUUGAACUUGUAUCCAAAUCCUGAAGAGAAAUUAGUUGACAGAAAGGCUGCUAAGGGUAAAACAGAUAUAAGAUCAGAGAUUUUGGAUAGUAUAUCACAGAAAUAUCAGUCAAGUUCUUCUAGUGAGUACAGCACAUCUUCUGAAAGCUCAGAUAGCUCAGAUUCUUCAUCUAGUUCGGAUAGUGAUUCUUCAUCUGAUAGUUCAAGUGAUUCAAGUUCAGAUGAAUCAGAUUCUUCAACCACUAGCAGCUCAAACUCAAAAGAAGAUGAGCCUCCACCAAAGAAGCAAAAAUUACUAAAUAAGCCAAAUAAAUUAGCUAAACCUAUUAUAGACGUAGUUGAUAUUGUACCUUUACCAAUAAUAAUCAAACAAGAGAAAGAAGUGGAAGUUAAAACUCAACAACAAGUAUUUAAUCCUAAUAUUAAAAUUAAACAAGAACCUCCAGACAUAUGUUCCCAAGGCGAUAUAACUACACCUAAAGAUGAUCGUUCAUUGGAAGAGAAUUAUUCCACAAAUAAAUUCAAAGUACAUCAUGAACAGAACAAAAUACUGAAUUAUAAUGGAGAGUCUUUCAAAGUAUUGGAUUGGGAGGAAUCCUCUCAAUCUUUUGAAGCAGCUGAAAAUUCUACUAAACAGGCUGAUGAUAUUGGGAAUAUUCCUUUGCCAAAACUGGAAAAUGAAGACUCAUAUGAAGAAAGAGGAGAUGCAAUGGAGGCAGAUCAGUAUAAUACAGAUAAUAGGAUAAAUAAUUUUAUUUCAUUUAAAUUGUCUUCUAAUAUAAAGCGCAGUAUUAAUCCAGUGAAUUUAAAUAAAGAAUCUCCAGAGGAAGUACAAGAUAAACCACCUGAUUUUCUUAAGAAAAAAAUUAUGGAAACAGAAAAUGUUACUGCAUUGGACAAUGGAGAAAAUUGUGACCAACUAGUAAAGAAGGAUAUAAAUGAUUCAUCUAACAAUGAAAAUUCUAUUGAUAGUGAUAGAAAAACACGGUCUGAUUCAAAAUCAUGUGAUUUGAACACUUCAUUUUCUUCAACCAGAUCAUCAAAGUCAUCGGAUCGAUCCACUAGAUCUAAUAAGUCAUUAGAAAAAUCAGAACGGUCUCGCCAUAGAAGUCGUAGUCCUAGAAAUAAUAAAUACAAUGAAAAAUCGCAUUAUGAUAGAAGUUAUGACAGAAAUGAGUCCCAUAAAUACAAAUCACAUCAUGUUCGAAGUAGACCUUCAAGAGGUAGCAAAUAUGAUGAUGAUCGCUAUGAGAGAAGAUCUUCCAAAAAUAUACUUAGGGAUAAAAGUCCUAGUACAAAUUCUAUGCCGAGGAUUCGUGGAAAUGAACAUUCAGAUCGUGACAUAUCACACAAUGGACAAAAUCAUUAUAGAGAUCGUAGUUAUAAGGAUAGAGACAGGCAGGACAGGCAUACACAUAGAAGCAGGGAAAGCUUAGAAAUUUUAAACAAGUCUAAUAUUGUUGACACUGAUCAUGUGAAGAACCAUGAUUUUGAAAUGCACACAGGAAGCAGAAGAGAAAAUGAUGUAAAGAGGAAAGGUUCUUCAAAAUCAGAUAAAUUAGAUUUAGAUAAUAUACCACUGCCCCAACAAAAUAUGAAUAUUGCUCAUGUUGAAGAGAUCUCAGAACCAUCUGCAAUACCAACAUUGAUGAGUACAAACAGUGAUUAUAUGGAUUCAAAUAUUAAUCAUAUUACUUCUAUCAACCCUAUUAACCCAAUUUUAACUACAGAAGACAAUUAUGAAUGUGAUUUCUACAAUGAUCAUUAUGACGAGAGAAGACAAUUUGUGCCAUCCCCUAAACGAAUAUCAUUGGAUGCUCGUAUCAAUAUGGUGUUAGGUUUGACAGACUCAUCUGUUAAUGACCAGAAUGGCCAGCUUUAUAAUACGACAAAUUAUAAUCAGAAUUAUUGUGAUACAGAGCAAUAUGGUGGCCCUCCUCUUACAAAUGUUGAUUCUUAUCCACCAAACCACCAAUCUGCUGAUUACAUUCAAACUAUUCACACUUUUAACUCUCAAUCCGGAAACCAGACAUCAAAACGCAGAAUUCAAACUGCUAAUUUAGUCAAUGUUACUUUAACAGAUGAGUUGGUUGAGAAGCAAGAUAAAGUUCCAGAAAAGGUAAAAUCAACAUCUAAGGCAAAGUCCCCAGCCAAAGUGAAAUCGAUAGCAAAAGUGAAGUCAUCAGGUACAGCUAAAUCACCAGUGAAGAUAACUUCUGUGAAUGUAGAGGAAACUUCUCAAAAUUCAAAGGGGAUAUUCAAUUGCAUAAACAAAAUAGUAAAACUUGGUGGCCCAUUAUUAAUUUUGCCACCAGAUGUUGCUAAAAUAGAAUCAAGAGAAAUAUUCGAGCAAAUAGAAAGCUUUAUACAAGAUGAAAAUAAUCAAAAACGUUUUAAAACACCUAUUUCAAAUUCUGACAUGGUUGAUUCUCAAACUAAAUACUGCCAGCAGGAUAUUAAAAUAAAUAGUACCAUGAGCAAUUCUGUUGGAGCGACAGAUUCAAGUUACACCAAAGGAAUUUUAGUCAAUUCAUAUUUUAGUAAUAUUGAAGGCCAUAACGAAAAGAAAAAUAAUUCAAGAAAAGUAAAAUUUGCUGACGGUGUUUUGCCUGGGGAAGGUACUUCAACUUCUGGUGGUGAUGAAAUGAUGUCUCCACCGCCACCAGGAGCGCUUGAUCUUAAAUCUAGAAGAAAACGAAAGAAAGCUAAGAAAAUGAGGAAAAGUGAUAAAAUUGAAGGUUUUUGGAAUCUUCCUCCACCUCCGCCUCCUGAAGAUGACCCACCAAACUUUCUCUUACAACCAUGUGACAUUGCUGAAAAUGCUGCUUUGGGAUUUACUGAUAUUCCUAAAGCACUUGAGAGGUUUUCUAUAUUUUUCAAUAGUGCCUUGUCGAGAAAGAGUAAGUGUUUUUCGGGAAAUGUUAUUGGCAGCUAAAUAAAGUAACCUUAUAUAUUUUGGACUGCUGCUGGGGCAUGACUUACGAUAUAUUGAAAUUAAAACAAUUGUAUAUACUAAAAAUCAAUAGAAACCACGAAAUUAAAAUAUAUUUUUUACCUUUUUUUUAUGUGAUGCUUAGAUUAAAUGAACAAUUUUACUUAUAGUGUGGUAAUUAUUUUAUACGUGUUAAACAGUGCAAAAAGAAAAGUGAAAAUAUCAUGUGUUUGAUGACAAUUUUAUCUUAUUUAAUUUUACUUAUGUUG